UCGCAAGAAGACUCUCCCCGACAUGUUUCGACGUCGGGAAAUGUCAUUAUUGAAGCUGAUUCCCCUUUAGCUCCGGAACUUACCGCGGAGGCCCUCCCAGCUAAGGUAAAAAUCCCACAAAUUGGCAUGUAUGAUGGGACAUCGGAUCCGGAUGCACACUUAGGCCAUUAUACGUCUUGGAUGGAUUUGCAUGGUGCCUCAGAUGCUUUGAGAUGUCGGAUGUUUUCACUUACACUAGGGCCACGAGCACAAAAAUGGUACUAUACCCUCCCACCUCAUUCAAUUUGGAAGUGGCAACAGUUACGUGCGGCCUUCCGAUCGCACUUUAUCGGAGCUCAAAUUUGUCUCAUCCCAAAAGAAUCAAUUACCAACAUCGUGCAAAAGGAUGACGAGACUGUUAAGGACUACGUGUCUCGGUUUAACGACCGAAUUCAGAACAUGGAGCCUUGUCACCCUGAAACCUUGUUAGUAACCACCAUCUCUGGACUGAAGCCCAACUCAAUGUUUCGCUGGACCUUGUGCCAAAAUAAACCUGCUACGUUUCAAGAAUUUCUUGUGCGAGCUCAACAAUUUAUUAUUGCCGAGGAAUUGAUGUCGGUUCCCAGUUUCGACUUCUCGGUGAAAGAAAACAAGACUGAACCGGACGCUAAAAAGAAGAAUAAGAAGAACUUUGGGAAAGCACAGUUUCGGAAUUUCUCCAAAGGAUAUGAAAACACUCCAGAGUCUAGGGCCGCUCGUGAUCAGUAUUCAGACAACGUCAGGACAGGCUAUCAGGCCGUUUAUUCAGCCGGAGCAGCUACCAUAUAUGAAGAACUAAAAGGAAAAGGGAUUAUUCCAGACCCGAGGCCCGUGAGAACCCCUGAAGAUAAGCUGGACAAAACUCGAUACUGUGCAUAUCACAAGUCUCCGGGACAUAAUACUGAUGAGUGUCUCGGUCUUUUGUCGGCACUCUUACGGUUAAUUGGACAACCUCAGCUUCAAAAGUUUCGAAAUUUUGAUAACCGCCGGAAAGGAAGGCCCUUGGAUCUUUCAGAUGAUGAAGAUGAUGAUUACAGACCUGUUAAUCCGAAAAAAGCUCGUGCAAACGACAAGGAGGUUUUCACAUUCUCUACUCAUGUCGGAACCUCGACUGAUAACUGUAGAAAAUCCAAGACACAUGACGCCUUAGACUCUUCACAUUGCAUACCUCGAGUUAAUUCCAAUAACAAGCAGCUGGAUACUUCUCGACGGAAAGUCAAAGCCUAUGCCCGGGAGGCACAAAAUGCCGAGAAACGAGUCAUGAAUGUUGAUCUUCGAGAUACCAUCAACAAACGGAAUUGUCCUAUCACAUUCAGUAUCGAAGAUGCCAAUCUAUUCGCUCAUCCUCAUUCCGACGCCCUUAUUAUAACGGCCCCGAUUGGAGGGAUUCCUGUUCAUCGGAUUCUGGUUGACACAGGAGCUUACUCAAGUAUUUUGAUGCUCCGCAC